UCUGAAGUCAAGUCAGGUCCAUAUCAUGCGGUGACACUCUACGAGGCACACGACUCACUGGGACCAUCUACGACGUGAAACGGGAAACGCAGAACUUAACGACCAAGAUGGUUCGGAUGAAGUGUUCCCACAGCACCAAAAAGAGAUGGUGACUGUGAAGACUGACACCAAAUGCUAUGACGGAGACGAAGUCCAGACCACCCAGGGAACCUAAAGUGAUACCCCAGAACUUAGAAGCACCUCAUCCGACCUUGGAGAGAUGGAGAGAGGCAUACAAUGCAGUCAAAGAAAUGCGUUUAUGGGUAACCGCCCCGGUGGAUACGACGGCCUGUGACCAGGCGGCUUGGUGGAAGGAGCAGACCAGAUGGUACGUCCAUCCAUCAAGUCCUAGCUGCCCAGCUACGUCUUGUGUGAACCACUUUCUGGUUGCUUACCUCAAAAGAAGAACAAGUGCUUUGCUACUCUCAUUUCGCUAAUGCUUUCGUCUCAGACAAAGGACGAAGUCAUGCAUACCGCAGUGACGAGAGUACGUACGGCAGUGGGUGAGUCACUUUCUGAAGACGCUGUCAUAGCUGCAGAGGAGGCUAUCAUUUCAGAGGUCAUAUCUAAGAUCCGAUUCGGAGACGGAAAAUGCAG